AUGGUGGUCGGCUUUGAGAAGUCAGUUUCCGCAACCAAAUCCGUCCCGUCCUCUGCCAAGAAGACUCUUUCCUCGGACUCUGUCAUCAACUUUGCUCGUGGUGAUCCUACGAUGUAUGAGUCCUACUGGAAGAGGUUGGGAGAAAGGUGUACUGUGGUGAUUUCUGGCAAUGAUUUGAUGAGCUACUUCAGCGACGCCGAAAAAGUAUGCUGGUUUUUGAUGCCAGAGCUUGAUCAUGCCAUUCGGAGAUUGCACCGCGUGGUUGGGAAUGCCAUCGCUGAUGAUGAUAGAUUCAUCGUGGUUGGGAAUGGCUCAACUCAGCUCUUCCAGGCUUUGCUCUAUGCCCUUUCUUCUCCUAAUGAGCCUGAGCCCAUUAGUGUGGUAGCUGCUGUCCCUUUCUACUCGUCAUAUCCAGAGGAGACUGAAUUCCUGUGUUCAGGGCUGUACAAAUGGGCAGGUGAUGCAUACUCCUUUGAUAAAGAUGGACCUUACAUAGAAGUGGUCACUUCACCCAACAACCCUGAUGGUGCAAUUCGAGAAGCUGUAGUGAAUCGUGAAGGUGGUAAACUUAUUCACGACCUAGCCUAUUAUUGGCCUCAAUACACGCCCAUUACUAGUAGGGCUGAUUAUGAUGUUAUGCUUUUCACCCUCUCCAAAGCCACAGGACAUGCUGGUUCUCGCAUUGGCUGGGCUAUCGUUAAGGAUAAAGAAAUCACCACCAAGAUGGUUAAGUUCAUAGAGCUGAGCAGCAUUGGGGUAUCCAAAGAAUCCCAGCUCCGGGCUGCCAAGAUUCUAGGAGUGAUCAGCGACGACUGCCAGAAUUCUGGUCCUAACAGAGAAGAAAACUUCUUUGAAUAUGGACAGCGCCUCAUGUCUGAAAGGUGGGAAAAGCUGCGGGAAGUGGUUAAACGCAAUGGAGUUUUCAGUCUGCCAAAGUACCCGCAAGAUUACUGCAACUUCAUUGGCAAAUACACUGAUUCGAACCCUGCCUUUGCAUGGCUGAAGAGCAAGGACGGCGUGAACUGUGACAAUCUCUUAAGAGAGCAUAAAUUAGUCACAAGGUGCGGGACGAAUUUUGGUGUUGGAUCAAAGUAUACAAGGAUUAGCAUGCUGAGUCCUGAUGAGGAGUUUAACCUUUUCUUGGAGAGGUUAUCAGCAAUCCAAGGACCACCAAUGGAAAGAUUAAUCGUGAAGGGCUGAAAA